AUCUCUGUUCGCCACCAAUUCAUGCAUUACCGGAAUGGACCACCUCCACGGAGAUCUCGCAGUAAGGAUAAGAGCCCGAUCAGCGGUCAUAACUACUGCAAGGGUAUCGUUCUCAAAACCGUAAUAAGGCAUCCGAAGAAGCCGAACUCUGGAAAUCGGAAAUGUGCCAUCGUUCGGCUCACAACUGGUGCUGAAGUGUGUGCUUAUAUUCCUGGUGUCGGCCACAACCUUCAAGAACAUUCUCAGGUAAUGGUACGAGGUGGUCGAAGACGUGACCUCAUAUCUGUGAAGGCGAACAUUAUAAGAGGAAAGCUUGAUUGUGCACCAGCAGGAGGGAAAAAGUAG